UCAAGAAGGACCCACUGGAGUGUUUUAACUGUGUAAUUACCUUUUGCAUUAAACCACUUCUCUAAUGUGUGUGUAGAGAUAUUUAAUGGCUUCAGUUUACCUGGAAGCAGAAGUCUUCUUACAGAAAACUGCUUAUUGCUGAUAAAAACCUUGUGUGGAGAUUGGUUCCUUACCUGAACUGGUUUGGGUCUGUUCUGUGUAAUUGUGACGCCAGGCAAAGAGAACAGCUUUGGCCUCUGGGCCAAAGUCACGGGGAAGAUGCGGAUGGACGCUGCUGCUGACUCCGGCCCUUCUUCCCAUGGAGCUUUAGGGUCUCGCAGGGAUGGGCUGUGCCCAAAAUCCCUGUCAGGAGGAAGGCCAAGCAGGUUGUUGUGGCUUGAGGUUUAAUUCGCACCUCUGUUUUCGCCAGGUAUGUGGGGGGAUGCGUGGAGAGCCACAGUGGUGGUGGUUCAGAGACUUCAAAAGUUAUUUGAAGCUAAGUUAGUUUUUCGUCUUCUUCCCUCUAAUGCAUCUUAAAUAAAAGCUGCGUUAUUUCUCACUCUGCCUAAGGAGGUCUUUUAAAGGAGACUGGAAUACUUCCAUGUUGCAAGUACUUUGAGUAAAAAGAUGUUAGUAAAAAACCUAAAAUCACUGAAACUACAAGUUUAACCAAAAAAAAAAAAAAAUCUGAUUUCAUGUCCCGCUCUCGUGUUUUAUUUGUUCAUUGUGCUUUCUUCUGGCCAAAGCUUUUCAUUAGGCUUAGCGUCUCGUUGCUGAGUGCAGACAGGUUGCUGUCAGGGAGGAGGUUGAGCUUAAGAAACUUCAUCCUUUCCCUGGCUGCUUAUUACCCUCUCAGGAGUUGGUGUCCCUGCCGCUUGUGCCUGUGCUAUAAAACAGAUCACUGGAACAAUGUGGAUUAAAAAUAGCCCCACCAGAACAAUGGGACAGCCUGGGUGGAGUUGAGCCGUGCUGCUGCGAACCCCGAGGGGAAGGAGAAAGCGUGGGUCUCUCCUGCCCCUAGACUAAAGCCAGCAAAAAGGCAUCCAUCCCUUCCCCAGCGGAGCAGGAGGCGUUCUCCCUGCUUGGGCUGGAAUUUGGGGUUUUAUCUGUGCCCCAAAGAGUGUGACUGGAGACAGUGAAGCAAUGGCCCGCUCGGAGGCAAGAGCGAUGUUGCCCAUGGAAGGGCAGUUAGCAGAUGCUAGUUUUGAACACUUGGCUAAUUCUGGCUUAACUUGAAUGACACAGAGUGGUUUAAUUGAGUUUCUUUGGAGGAAUUGUGGUAAUUUUAAGUUUAAUGUAAUAAGACCCACAGCAAGCACCUAAAGUGCAUAUUGAUGUCCUGUUCUUUUUCAAAUGUUCAUUUUUAAAUCAACGUUUUAAAGUAUUUUUUUUCCCAUUCCACAUGCACAGCACAAACUGCAAAUAAAACUUUGUAAGGCAGUUUGGAUCAGCGAGCACUGGGUUUACAUUAGUGCGAGCUGUCUGCAGUUGGGAUCUUACCGAGUUAGUUGUUUGCUCCGGGCUUUGCUCCCAUAAACAAAUUUUCAUCAGGGGUGCAUCUCUGCAGGGUUAAAUACUGAUAGCCAGGAUCUCCGUCAGUGUUUGCAUGGGCUCACUUGUGCUUUUUUAAAGGAAACUAAACCAGAAAAAGCCCCCCUCUUGUUUUACUGUUAGACAACGCCCGUGUACCCGUAUUUCCAGGUGCUCCCUGAAGGUGCGUGGAACUCAAACGUCAAGUAUCCAGCCAGAAGCUGGAGUGGGGGCUGAUGAAGUCUGGUCUGCAGCUGGAGCCUGCGCUCAAAUCCAGACCUGCCCUGCAACCGCGCUUAAAGACUCCAAAUUAUGUUGAUAGCUGCUUUGGAGGAGUUGUGUGCAUAUAUAUUUAUGGUCUUAUUGUAAAUAUUCUGUUGGUUUGAGGCGUGGGGUUUUAGGUACAUAUUGUCAGCGCUUUCCACCAAUUCCUUUCAAGAACUGACCACUCGGCCUUCGUCAAGAGCGUGAGCCUCUGCUUUACCUUUCUCCCCCAAUGAACCUCGGUAUCGGCCUUUGUCUUUAAAGCAAUUUGUAUCACAAGAUAACAAUAUUUUGUCCUUUACUCACCUUUUUAUUUUUUAUCCUUUUGAGGACAAAACUAACAGUAAUUAAGCUCUUGUGGUUCGCUGGCUGUCCUGUGCAGUAAGAGGAAGGCAGAUAACGACCACCUGCGAAACAGAAAGUGUUUAGCAGAAGGCUAAACUGUAAGGCAUGGGAUGCUGUUAUAGCUGCCAAAAUCGUGAGUCCUAGUUUCCAAGCUCAUUUUUGGAGACGUUUUGUGUAUCUGCCUUGGGGAUCGGGACUCAGAAGUAAAAAAUGGGUUGUUUAUUCUAUUUUGGAUUUGGUAACUAGCUGCCUGGUUUAUCAGUUGUGCCUGUGUAUUCAUUCAGGUGUCUUGCAGUGGUUUUAAGUUUUAACCCUGUGUGUUCUCUGCGGAUGACAGUUUGACUUGGCACUUAGAAGUUGGGAACUUCACUGGAGUAUAAAGGCGAUGAGAAUUUCCCUCUGGGCAAAGGGUGAAGAUCAACUAUAAUUUUCUUCUGCUGAGUGGUGAAAUUCUGUUUAAUCUUCAAACUGGCGAUGUCAAGGGUGCCGAGUCCGCCUCCUCCGGCAGAAAUGUCGAGUGGACCUGUAGCAGAGAGCUGGUGUUACACUCAGAUCAAGGUGGUGAAGUUUUCCUACAUGUGGACCAUAAACAACUUCAGCUUCUGCCGAGAAGAAAUGGGUGAGGUCAUCAAAAGCUCAACCUUUUCAUCUGGAGCCAAUGAUAAACUCAAAUGGUGUUUACGUGUGAACCCUAAGGGCUUGGAUGAAGAAAGUAAAGAUUAUCUGUCCCUCUACCUGUUGCUGGUGAGCUGUCCAAAAAGUGAAGUUCGAGCAAAGUUCAAAUUCUCCAUCCUGAACGCUAAAGGAGAAGAAACCAAAGCAAUGGAGAGCCAGCGAGCAUAUCGAUUUGUACAAGGCAAGGACUGGGGAUUCAAAAAAUUUAUUAGAAGAGACUUUCUUUUGGAUGAGGCCAAUGGACUUCUUCCAGAUGACAAACUCACUCUCUUCUGUGAGGUGAGUGUGGUACAGGACUCUGUCAACAUCUCCGGCCAGAACACUAUGAACAUGGUGAAGGUACCAGAGUGUCGCUUGGCAGAUGAGUUGGGAGGACUCUGGGAGAACUCGCGCUUCACAGACUGCUGCUUGUGCGUCGCAGGCCAGGAGUUCCAGGCUCACAAAGCCAUACUAGCAGCACGUUCCCCAGUUUUCAGCGCCAUGUUUGAGCAUGAGAUGGAAGAGAGUAAAAAGAAUCGGGUUGAAAUCAAUGAUGUGGAGCCUGAAGUUUUUAAGGAAAUGAUGUGCUUUAUUUACACGGGGAAGGCACCAAAUCUUGACAAAAUGGCUGAUGACUUGCUGGCAGCUGCUGACAAGUAUGCUCUAGAACGUCUGAAGGUGAUGUGUGAGGACGCACUGUGCAGUAACCUGUCUGUGGAAAAUGCAGCCGAGAUCCUCAUUCUAGCUGACCUACAUAGCGCUGAUCAGCUGAAAACUCAAGCAGUGGACUUCAUUAACUAUCAUGCUUCUGACGUCAUGGAGACCUCAGGCUGGAAGUCUAUGGUAGUAUCGCAUCCCCAUUUGGUGGCUGAGGCGUAUCGCUCUUUGGCCUCUGCACAAUGUCCCUUUCUGGGACCCCCACGUAAGCGACUGAAGCAAUCCUAAAGUCAUGUCUGUCACACCACCCCAUGUUUUUCUGGAAGCAGCAUCAGCUGUUGCUGCUGUAACCUUGACCACCAGGUAGACAGCGAAAUCUGUGGAGCUUUUACUCUGUUGUUGGGGGGAAGAGACUGCUUCGUGACACCCAGACUUUUUAAAACAGCACCAAGUAACUUGGGGAGAGGGGGGAGGGUGGGCCUGGGGCUCUGGGGCUGUUCAACCUAAUGAAUCCCUGUCGCUGCAUCGUCUGUGUGUUCCCUUCGACUUGGCUGAGUCAAUUAAGUACAGGGUUUGGUUUAGGCACCGACCCAAGUCGGAAUAACCCAGCAGUGGUGCUGGGGAAAACAACGUCUCUGCGUCUGGCAGCACAGAACAAACCGUCAGAUGCCUGGAGCAAGAGGACAUUUUAGCUUUGGAGAAUUAAAAAGAAUUUCCAGUGAGGUUCUGGAAAGGAAGUACCUGAUGGGAGCUCCAGUAGUAUUUAUAUCAAAAAAAAAAAAAAAAAAAAAAAAA